UGUUGAAACGGGUUGCUAAUCAAAUACGUAUGAGGGUAUUCUAGGGAAAAUUGAUUGGUAUGCAAGAUUUACACUUCUCCCUAGGAUUUACCAAGAAUAUAAUACACACGGCAAGUCGGCAACUGAAUUACAACAACAGAUUGGUUUGUUUAAAACUCUAAUUAAUAAUCUCAAAUCUCUCCUUGGGAGGAACAAACCGGCCAAUUUAAUUAAUCUCUCCCAUUUACUAUUUCCAUCAAAUUUUUUUAAUAUUUAUUUUUAACAAUUAUUGUCUAUAUAUACUAUAGUAAUCCCUGCGAUCCUGGUUCAGUUUUCUCCAAACAAUUUUAUCAUUACUCCUCUCUUCUUUAAGUAAAAAACUCGCAACAAUUUUGACGUCAUAUAUUACAUACAUUCGACGUCUUCAUCGUACAACCUUACAACCCUUGUGAGUUGUGACUUGAUUACUACGGGCUUGGUGGGAUCAACAUUAAACUCAUAAUAAGAUAAGAAAAUUAAUGGCGGAUAAAGUAAGUUUAACGUAUACGUAUACGGUGGACGACGCACUGGUGACGAUGGGGUUCGGAAAGUUGCAAUAUCUGGUGUUAGCGUAUGCCGGAAUGGCAUGGGUAUCGGAAGCUAUGGAGAUGAUGAUUCUUUCAUUUGUGGGACCCGCUGUUAAAUAUGCAUGGGAUCUUAGCCCUAAACAAGAGAGUCUUAUUACAACCGUUGUGUUUGCUGGCAUGCUCGUUGGUGCUUUUUCUUGGGGUUAUGUAUCCGAUAAAUAUGGUAGAAGGAAAGGAUUUAUAUUUUCGGCAAUAGUAACAUGUGCAGCUGGUCUUGUAAGUGCAGCAGCACCAAAUUACGUGGUGUUGCUAGUGGCUCGUUGUAUCGUGGGCCUUGGGUUGGGAGCUGGCCCAGUUCUACUGACUUGGUUUCUAGAGUUUGUGCCUGCACCAAGCAGAGGUAAAUGGAUGGUCCUUUUUCAAGCCUUUUGGACUGUUGGUUCUAUUACUGAGGCUGCUUUGGCUUGGAUUAUAAUGCCGAGAUUGGGAUGGAGAUGGCUGUUGGGUCUAUCUGUUGUGCCUUCAUUCAUCUUGCUGGUAUUCUAUUUCAUUACUCCUGAAUCGCCAAGAUUCUUGUGUUUGAAAGGAAGAAAGAAAGAAGCCCUACAAGUAUUGGAGAAAAUAGCAAGAAUAAAUGGGAAAGAAUUACCUGCUGGUGUUCUUGUUUCAGAUAGGGAACUAGAAGAGAUUAACAACCCUACACUAAAAGAAGGCAAAGAUGAAGAUACAGUAGCAGCUAAGUAUAAGGAUUCAGAUAUGAGCAUCUUCCAAACCUUUAAAGUACUACUUUCACGUAAAUUAGCUCCCACAACUCUGCUCCUAUGGGUGGUGUUCUUUGGCAAUGCAUUCGCUUACUAUGGUCUGGUGUUGCUCACAACUCAGUUGAACAAUAAGGACAAUACAUGUGAUUCUAAAGGAGUUCCUGUUCCUAUUCCUAAACCACGAGGUUCUGUUGCUGAUAUUGAUUACAGAGAUGUGUUCAUCACUAGUUUAGCUGAACUUCCUGGGCUAGUGAUCGCUGGGAUCCUAAUUGAUCGACUUGGUCGUAAGUAUUCAAUGGCAGUGUUGUUUGUUGCAUGUUCAAUCUUCCUGUUUCCACUGGUAUCCCAUCGGUCAGACACUGUCACAACAGUUCUCAUGUUUGGGGCUCGUGCUGCUAUCAUGGGAACAUUCACCAUUGCCUUCAUCUUUGCUCCAGAGAUAUACCCGACAUCAGUCAGGAAUACGGGUUUCGGAACAGCAAGUUCAAUGGCAAGAAUAGGAGCAAUGGUGAGCCCAUAUGUGGCAGUAGCAUUGGUACAAACAUGUCAUAAAAUGGCAGCAAUCCUGUUUUUCGCAGGAGUCGUGUUAGCUGCUGGAGUAUGUGUGGUGCUCAUACCAUAUGAAACUAAAGGCCGCCAACUCACUGAUAGCAUUGCUAGUAAUAAAAAUGAUAUUCCAAAGGCAGUCUCACUUACACAACAACAGGGACCUCAACAUAAACCACCCACUACUUCGCAUAAUAACGUUUAAGUCUUGUCAUUUUCAUCACAUUUUUACAAACAUCAUAUUAUAUCUCUCUCUCUCUCUAUAUAUAUAUAUAUAUAUAUUGUCUAUACACAUAUGUUUGAUAUAUAGUGUAAGAUAUAUAAGCCUAGAAUUCUUGCAGGAACGAAGGUGUGUUAUGUUACAGUGUGCUAGGAUUUCCCUUCAUAGUUGAGCCUGGUUGUUUGUUUGUGUAUGUAUUUAUCAGAGAUAGUAUUCUAAUUCGGAUUUCGGAGGCUAAA